CACCACUCUCUGUGGCACCCUGCAGUAUAUGGCGUGGGACUUGACACAUUACCUAUUUUAAAAGUGAAAUGGAUCAGUGCUUCGCGCGCGUCAAUUAUUUCUCAACAAUCUCCUUCAGUCGCCAGUAGCCACACCGUCCGAGUGAUUAUGUCAGUCGGAGGUCAGUGACCCCGAGAUGAACGCUCGGAGCAUCGCUUUCGAGCUGUCCAUGGAGGGUCGGCAGGUGGACGAGGUUGUCGCCAGCAUCUUCCAUACCGUUCUGUUCCAUCGCUCCAGCGGCAAGUUCACCUACAACAACGAGGAAAGCUACUCCAUACGCACCGUCAGCUACGUGGACGUCGACUGCGACUUUAUAGACUUCACGUACGUGUGCUGCGAGUCUGAAGCGCUCGGGAGGAACGUCAAACGCGAGAUAUCCGACUUUUCCGACUUGCUCCGCGGCGCUGAGAACACAGCUACCCCUCGCGGUUCAAUCAGCUUAGAGUUCUUCCAAAAGCGACGCGCCCGCUGGCCGUUCCAACCCGAAUGCGUUCCCUGGGAAGUGUGGACGGUCUACUGCGAGCUGGCCGAGGCUCGCUCCGAGCACGACAUGCGCGCGCAGCAUGAGGGCGUCGUUGAAAUGCUCCAAGACAAAAUAGUCUUCAUCACAGAGAUCAUUAACCGACACGAGUACGUGCCUAAGAUGCCGAGUCGUUCCGACGCGGAUCUAAUCUUCGAUACAUCGUACCCUGACAUCCAACCUUACCUGUUCAAGAUCCACUAUAACUUGUCUGGCGCGCCGCCGCUCACAGUGGGCAAUACUGUCCGCAAGCUGAUCCGAGAUACGCUUUCUUUGUGAUGUCUGUCUCUAUACUAUCUAUAACAUGUUUGC